GUCGGUUUCAUUGACAGUUCUUUUGGUCGCACGCAGCACAUAACGAAUAACUACGGUGCUGUGUUGUUUCUCGCGAUACACGCACGCACAUAUUACGAAAGUAUUUCGAAGACGCCUCCUCGUCCGACAAAAAUAAAAUAUUAGCACAAGAACGAGUCAUACAAUGAAGAGAUACUCAUCAGCACCUUGCUUAGAAGAUGCGGGCGGUGAUGUUAAAAGAACAAGGGGAAUUGAAGAUUACGCGGAUUUAAACACAAAGGAAUAUCUCCAAUUGGCUUUAAACAGAAUUCUAGAAUUGCAACAAGAAAUUAAAGAGGGCACAUACGUCGAAGAAACUGACAACGACACUAGUGAUCCGGAUACAUCAGGCAGCGAAGAUGUUACAAAACAGAUUGUCACUAAAGUGUUCCGAGAUCUACCCGGGACUUCAAACUUAUUUGCGAUAAUAGAUCGCGAAACGCUCUGGAAUCGUCGCAUAGACGCGCUUCAUAGUAAGAGGAUACAGUUAUUGGGUUUCGAUACUUGUCGGAGAUUGGCUCUCGACUUCAUGAAAAAUGUCGUUCACGAAUCGCGAAACCGAUCCUCUUCAUUAGACAGGGCUGAAUUCGAUCGCUUCCCAGAAAAUAGAUCGUAUUCAAGGGAUGAUGAAAUUUUAGCAAACGACUUACGUAAACGAGAGUCCAAGGCACAAGAAAUUCGAGCGAGAAUGUUGAAGAGUCUGGACUUGCAUUUAGCCGUCAAACAAAGAGACUACACGGUCAAAUUAAUGAGAUCAAAUAUAUAAUUCAGUGACGGCAGAAAUAUUGAGCACAAAUAUUAAGCGGAAAUAGAUCAAAGAUUAUAACAACGAUUUACAAAUAGUUUGAUGCAAAUUGUGUGCUAAGCAAUUAUAUGAUUUUUUUUUUUUUAGUUGUUAAUGUGGUUAAAAAUGAGAAACCUUACAACAUUUUUCGCAAAAAUAC